AUGGCCUUGGUUGGAAGUGGCUCGCCUAUGGCCCACAGUGGGAUCGCUCACGAGAUGUCCAAUCUCUCGCGUGAAAUCCUCACUGGAAGCUAUGGCAGUCGUUUGAGCUUUCUCUCACUUUCCUCGUGUCAUAUCCUCCUGGCUUCAAUGCCUGAGGCUACAACUGCGGUGGCGAGGGCCACGUCAGUAAGUGAUUCCGCGGAACCCAUCAAUCAUCAACCGACCCCCGGUGGUCUCAGUGGUGCACGGCAGAAGCAUCUAACAUUCCUUUCUUCAGACCGUGACUGCCCCCAGCCCCCCAAGGAGCGUGCCUGCUACCGCUGCGGCAUGACCGGCCACCUUUCCCGUGAGUGCCCCCAGGGCGGCCAGGGCGGUGCCCCCGGUGGCUUCGGUGGUGCCCCUGGUGGCCAGGAGUGCUACAAGUGCGGCCAGGUCGGACACAUUGCUCGUAACUGCUCCCAAGGCGGUGGUUACGGUGGCGGCGGCUACGGUGGUGGCUACGGCCAGCGCCCCCAGACCUGCUACUCUUGCGGUGGAUUCGGCCACAUGGCCCGUGACUGCACCCAGGGACAGAAGUGCUACAACUGCGGCGAGGUUGGCCACGUUUCCCGUGACUGCACCACCGAGGCUCGUGGCGAGCGCGUCUGCUACAAGUGCAAGCAGCCCGGCCACGUCCAGGCUGCCUGCCCCAACAACUAA